AUGGCGUCGACGUCCAGCGACGAUGCGGCCCUCCUGGCCGCGCUCGGCCAUAAACAGGAAUUGAAGCGCCAAUUCAGCUUCUUUUCGAUGGCUGCGAAUGCAGUCAUCACUGCCAGCGCCUGGACGGCAAUCGUGGGAUCGAUCAUCACCUCGAUCUACAAUGGCGGUGCGCCGGGUUUGCUCUAUGCCUGGGUCGUUGAUAAUUUUUUCUUUCUCUUUGUGGCGCUUUCGAUGGCCGAGUUGACCUCCGCCAUGCCCACCUCCGCUGGAGUCUAUCACUGGUCCGCCGCGCUUGCCGGCCCGCGAUUCUCCAGACCCAUUGGUUUCUUGACCGGCUACUUCAAUGUCCUCGGAUGGGCCCUGGGUCUGGCUUCUCUCUACAACGUCGCCGGUCUCGAAAUCACCGGCCUGUAUCAACUAUGGCAUCCUGAUUACACCUCGCAGCCUUGGCAGGUAUUUGUCAUCUUCGUUGUCCUCAAUUGGUCCGCCGCGGCGUUUAUCCAGUUUGGCAACAAGUUAUUGCCUCUUUAUACGAAGUUUGGAUUAUGUAUCAACAUCGGUGUGUGGUUUGUCGUCAUCAUCUGUCUAGCCACCCUCCCGAAGACGCACUCGACCAAUUCCUUCGUCUGGCUGGAGUACGAGAACAUGACGGGCUGGCCGACUGGCGUUAGCUUCAUCCUGGGCAUGGUCGCCCCGGCCUUUGCCAUCGGUACCAUCGAUAGCUCCACCCACAUGGCCGAGGAGAUCCCCAAUCCCUCGAAGAACAUUCCCAAGACAAUUUUGGUCCAGUGGUUUGGUUCCUUCGCCCUUGGUUUCAUCUUUCUGAUUGCGCUCUUCUACGCCGCUGGUUCCCUUGACACCAUCCUGUCCGCCGAGCCAAACUUCCCCGUUGCCAGCAUCAUGGAGUCUUCUUUCCAGAACACCAAUGCGGCCUUUGGCUGCGGCUUGAUCAUUUUCUUGGCCUCUAUCACCGGCCAAGUCGGCGCCCAGAUCGCUGCAGUCCGCAGUAUCUGGGCCUUCGCGCGCGACGGCGCUCUGCCCUUCUCCAAAUUCUUCUCUAAAAUCGACGACCGCAGCGUGAUGCCCGCGCGCGCUAAUAUCCUAAUCGCCACCAUUACCACCGCCCUAGGUGCCCUCUACGUCGCAUCCACAGUUGCUUUCAACGCCCUCGUCGCCUCCUACGCCGUCAUGUCGACGACCUCCUACGGCUUCGCUAUUGGCGUACACCUCUUCACAGGCCGCAAGCGCGUCGCCCCUGGCUGGUUCCACCUGGGCGACGGCAUCCUGGGCUUCGCCGUGAACAGCAUUGCCAUCGUAUACAUCUUCGUCACAAACGUCUUCUUCUGUCUGCCGUACAACCGGCCGCCCGUGACGGCGGCAGGCAUGAACUACACCUCGCUGGUGUCGUAUGGCAUGGCUAUCCUCGUCAUUAUAUGGUGGUUCAUCGGAGGGCGCCGUAUCUACAAGGGCCCGACGCUGUCGAGUGAGACGCGACAUGUGCUCGAAGGACUGGGCCGCGUGGAGCCUGAUGACCAUGUUGAGAGGACGGUUGUGCCAACAGAAAAGAUCUAA